UUAGCAGUAAAUAAGAGGGAUGGAACUAUACCAAUUUUUUUGCCAAUACCGAUAGCAUCAAAAUAAGCAGAUACCAACACUUCGGCACAUCCCUAGUAAAUAAGUAAUCGGGUGUUAUGAAAAUGUAACAUCCUGGGGAAGGGGGUGACACUAUACAAUAGACAGGGCUGAGCUCUGAAAUAAGCUGAGGAAUAUAACAGCUCUUCAGUCCCAUGGGCCUCUUGCCCUAGUAGUGACUUAAGGGAGCGAACCUGCACGUUAUACUCAUUGAGGUGUCAAGUGCGGAUCAUUAAAAUCACGAGAAAGUGCUAAAUCCUUAAGGGUCAUACAACACCUGGGGAAUGGGAGGCAACCAGAUUCGAGCUGAGGAGGGGAAGACUGCUUCAGUUCCUUGGAUUAAAAUCCAUUCAGUGUCUUUAAGGCACCCUCCUGAAAGGCACGAGGACCUGCCUUCGGCAGUUUCACCUAGAAUCCCAUGAUCAAAAACAAACAUUCGACCAAAAUUAAUUUUGUAUUACACAGGAGUGAGAAAUCGGCGUAGAAUUUACGAGGCUGACUUGUUCCUGGAUCAAACCUGAUUUUUACUGCUUUUUCCUGAUUCAGACCUUCCACCCAACGCCUGAAUAUUUCCAGCACGGGGGCGGUGCUAAAAGGGAGUCUGAAACCCCGAAAAUUACCUCUUCCUUACAAAUAAAAAAAUUCAAUAACGCUGCUUCGAGACGUGUCCUGUAGACCACCUUCCAUGCAGACUGCUUCCCCAAGGCUCCUCAAAGCUUCUGUAGUCGCCCGCCUCCCUCCUCCAACAUUAUUAUUAUUAUAAUCAAGGGGGAAGCGCUAAACCCGGAGGAUUAUACAGCGCCUAGGGGGGGAUGUGGAAGGCAUUCAGGCUUAAUUCGGGGAACUGGAGCACAGAUCCAAUUCCCUAAAUCAAGAGCCCCUCACCAACAUCAAGGAACCUUCCUUCCAACAGACAUAUCGUCUUCUCUAUUUGCAAUGAAAUUUCUCCACAAUAUGUAACCCACAACACUAGACUAACAGCCAAGUACCUGUUUUGUAUUGCUACAAAACAGGACUAAUGGUAAAGUAACAAUUCUCGAACCAAGAGUGAAGAACGUCAACCAUUCCACGUUUUCUAUUUUUCCCUGCGCCACUUCGUUACUAGACGUAUUACAGCUAUUUUCUAAUUUGCUGAUUACGCUUUUUUUUAUAAAUCAUCUAACCAAACACAACUUAACCUAAUUUAAAUUAAUUUAUUUUACUACAACUUAAAAAAAAAAGAAACGCAGAAAGGUUGACGUUGAGCGAAAAAUCAACCAAUGACGUUUUAAAAAUCAGUAUGGGUUCACAAUUAGGAACUGGGGAUGAGUGGGAAGAAAGGUGGAGGUGGGGUGAAGUGGGUGAGGUGAAACAGAUGGCGAAUACUAGGGAAAGAGGUGCCGAAGAAGGGAGGGAGUGCUAUUGGGCUUGCGUAGGAUUAGGUGGGGGUGGUAAGGGUGGACGGAACUCGAGUUUAGGUACACAGACAGUCUGUAGCUCACUGCCGUCGUGAUCAUACACACCUCAGUUGUGCUGCUCCUACCCUCCACGCUAACGCCACUCGCUCGACACCAUAGUCGGUCACUCGAGUUCGCCUAUAAAUACUCGUGACAUUUCUCACCCAAACAUUAAAAUUUAACAUUGUGUGCUCUGGAUACUGAUAGCAUUUAAAACCAAGAGAAGUGUAAAUUCUGAAGUGUUGCAAAGAAGAACGCUGAGGCGGUUCACUUCGAAGUUGUAGCAGCAUGGCGAUAGGAAAAGUGUUACUCUGAAGUCAGCUCGUAAAUUAGCAGGGAUCUUAUAAAGCCUAGGCAUGGCACUGGCGUCUCAGGUGUUAGGAGGGUGGGGAAUAGAAGGGUCAUUCUUGCCACUGAACCAGCCGUUACUGCAGCUGCCAAUGAUGAGAUCAAGAGCCAUACGAACAGGCUUCCCCACCGCCAAUAACGAGGCUCAAUCAUCACUCGACCAACACUCCCUGAGUAGCAGCUACACUCUAGACCAACUUCAGCAGCUCAUAUCGCGCCACUCCUCUUAUACCACAGCAAACCAAAGACGACAGCAAAGAAGGCAUUCUACCACCACCACUACUACAACUACCACUCCACGACCGACGUCACAACGUCGUCUGAGAAAGACACAAACUCCUCGUUUCGUGAGUCAAUUCCAUUAUGGAAGCCUGGAAGGUCGAGAGGAAUACGCGGUAAGCCCCUCUGAAGACGACGCCAUAGUGCUGCUAGUAGGUCUCUUCAACCUGCUGGCCGUGGUUGUGUACGCUGCGAACAAGUACAUCAAGGGGGAGCCUGGGGGACUGUCAGAGCGCGUCAUACAGUGGCAGGUACAGAAGGUGUUGGACGAGUUGGUGAUCAAGGUGCACAGUUCGCAGUAUGCCGCUAACUUGCUCUCCCGAGCCAUGCCUGACGACGUAGCAGUAGUGGAGGUAGGACGCGCCGUACACUGUGAGACACCUCCCUGGCUGAAUCUCCUACAAACCAAGCUGCAGUCCUUAAUGAUUCAUAACACCUCUGGCGACACCACAAAAUGGCUGCAGCAGGCGAAACAGCGACUAAUGACGGAGAUCGGUUCAUCACCUGCAGCUCUGGCCACGGAGCUGCUCCAUCCGCGCAUAUAUGAGCCCCUGCAGGAGCUGUACGCUACUCUUACUACUGAAGGCGGAGCUGCUCGUGCCCUGCAGGAAGUGCUCGGGGGUGAUGAGGGCCGCGGCCUCCCCUCCCACAUGAACGACCUGCCCUCCCUGCUGAGCACCUUGAGUAAGUUGAGCCUGACGCAGCUACAAGCUGCCCUAGCGGCCCUCACGGCACUGGGACGCGCCCAGCAGAGAGUCAACGUUGUCCCGGCUUUGGCCUCAGCUCUAAGAGGCAGCCUCACCUCGCAGAAUUCCGUGGGUGAAGGACGGUCGGACAGUGGCGGCGACCACCACUUCAGCAAGUCUCUAGUCCAGUAUCUCCAACAAUCAAGGGUAUCUUCUGAAACAAACACGGUGCCCUACGCCACCAAGAACAGCGCGGCCGGUAACCGUCGUGAGUACAACUCCAGGUACAGUCGGGUGCACAAGAGCGAGGGUCAGCAGCAGGUGCGGCGUGAGGGAAUGGUGGAGGACGAGAACUCUCUGACGAGGAAAUCAUCGGGACACUGGACGGACCGGUGGUUCUCCCUGGUGACGCAGGUUUCCCCCGUGGGGCUGGACAUGAGUACAUUGUAUGCCCGAGCCAGGGCCAGACCUGCCUGCCUCAGGGCACUCCUUUGCAGGGCCAACAAUGCUUGGAGGCAGGUGGGACCCGUCCAGGCUGCCCUCACACCCUUCUCCAGUGUGGUUUUGAGCUGGGUGUUGGAAGACGUGGCACCUCACUCCCUGGGAGACUCCCUCAUCGCCAUCCGUGCUGGCUGGAUGGGCAAGGGCUGCACUGAACUUUACCCAGAAUGCCCCCUCACCCCAGACCCUCAUCCCGCUGCUAAGGAAGCCAUCACAUUCUUCUCCAGAUUACAGUAUGCUGCCACUCAACCCUCAGAGCAGUCACCACAUCUGGCAAGUCAACCCAACCAGGACCAGACAACAAUUAACACUUUGACCAAACGUACUAAUGUUCCUGACCAACAAGAGACAACCAUACACAAAAAUAAACCUUGGCCACCUUAUUCCCCUCAGAGGCAAGAUUUCCAGGGCACCCCAUCGCCACAUCUCCAGUCUCAACCACACAAUCGCCCUCCAGCCACAAAUACCCCUUGGCCAGCUCAAAGAUACUGGCUAACAGAAUCAGAGUCUCAGCAUUUACCUCAAGAGUAUCAAAACACUGAUUCCAAUAGGAAUGAUGCAGCAGCAUCAUUUCAGGCUUAUUAUGAACGCUAUGAAGGCCAAGGACCAAUGUCAGUGCCAGGAUUGCAGUAUAGCUCAAAGUACGGACAACUGGAUGGAGAAGAUAGCAGUAAAUUCUCAGAUGAAUUAUAUGAGAAAUAUGACAGCCCAGCUUCUAGUUCUGCUGAAGGAACAAUUUCUAACUCCAGCAGUGUGUCUGGUAUGGCACUCCAAGACCGUCCUACUAGCAACAGCCCAAAAGUAUGGGAAAAAUUCUUCAAGGCUGGACUCUAUGGCUCCAGUGUUCAACAAGCAGUGACUGUAGAUCACAAGGAGUCAUCUAGUGAAGAGUCUGACCCAGCAAAGUCAACUCUCUCUCAACACCCUCAAAGUCAGCCCAUGUCCAGUCUGAACAAGAUGGGGGCAUUAUUUCCUCAACAAUUCUCCCAUGCCAAUAGCAAUAACAACCAGGGACACUUUAAACACUCCCAACUAAACAGACUUGCCAAGCCCUUCUUCAAUGUUAGACCAAUGCAGAAGCAUCGACAAACCACACGAGCUCCUUUCAAUCCUCAACCUUCAUCAGCAAUGCCAGCAGUGAAGAAAUAUAAAUACGGUUUGCGACGUGGCCUACCCGCAGGCAACGUGAAUGGUCAUAGUACAUAUACAAGCAGCAGCAAUAACUUGUACCGACACAAGCCUUGGUAUACCUAUAACCAUCCUAGAUACCAGCCCACUUCCCUUGCAACAACAUCCACAACAACUAGUACAACAGCUCAUCCGCUAAAGUUAAAAGAUGUGGCUCCAUUUGGGCCUGAAGAUGCUGUGACAGAUGUUCUUCGAAAUGAACUAUUGUUUGAGUACAUACGUGACAGACAGGGUUCCAUUCCAACAAAUGAUAAAUGAAGUAAAUCAUGAAUAUAUUUAACUAAAAUGAUAUUUACAAAGAAAACCUUAUGAUAAAUACAAUAAUACCAAAAAUAAUGCUCUAUUCAGAUAAAUUUUCAAUGAAUCAAUUUAUGUUU